AAACGCUAAAAAGAAGAAAGAUUCCCCCAAUUCCUUUUCCUUCCUUCACUCACUCCCUCACCAUCACCACCCACCACCUCUAUUCCCUAUUCCCUAUUCCCUUCUAUUAUUAUAUUAAUAUUAAUAUUAACAAAAAUCCCCUUCACACUUCACACAUUCAUUCCAUUCUCUCAUUAUUUUCCCAAUCAUAACUCUUAACCAACCCUUUCCCUUCUCUUUCAUGCUUUUCUCCGAUUCGGAUUAGGGUUCCAUCGCACCUCCGCUUCCGACCAUGUCGCCGGCGGCUCACGAUGCUGCCCAGUACUCAUUCGCCGUCGAGUACGACGGCCCGCCGCUAUCUUUCGACCUCCCUCGGGCGGUGCCAAUCAGCGUCGACAACAUUCCGGUCGCCGCCGUCGUUUCCCAGGUUCCUCUCUCCGAUGCUCUCGCUCUUCCCGUCGUGCAGCCGCUCCUGCCGCCGCAGCUCCACCACCCCCUCCGGACACUCGGUUCCGAACCUAGGGUUUCCAAAUUAGCGUCCGAAACCACGGUCUCGCCAACCUCCGUGAUCGCGUUCGACCACAGAGCUUCCCAGAGCAACGUCGGCGAGCUCUCCGGCGAGCUGAGCAGCUCCGGCGCGUUCGAGUUCUCCGCCGGGAACGACGGCUCCGGCGAGUUGUCCGAUUUGGGGGAUAGUUCGAGAGCGCUCGAGGAAUCAAUCUCGCGUGAUCGAAGCUCCAGUGCCGUCGAGUCUUGGGACAAGUCGGAGAGAAGUUCUGGGGCGUUUAGGGUUUUGGAUGAUGGUAAAGAGAGUGUGGAUUUCAACGAGUUGAAUCAGCAAGAUUGUGCUUCCACUGAGUCGGUGCUGAGUUUGGAGUAUCCCUCGACUCGGGUUUCGUCUCUCAAGGCUGAGGAUAUCGAUGCCAAACGCCCACCUGUUGUUACUUUCGAUGUGGACUCUGACGAUGAUGCGUUGAAUGAAGAGUUUGAUGUGGAGGACACUGCGAGUAGACCUGUUAUUAAAAGGGCACCUCUCACGAAGGGGAAGAAAGGGUCUUGUUAUAGGUGCUUCAAGGGGAAUAGGUUUACUGAGAAGGAGGUUUGUCUUGUCUGUGAUGCGAAAUAUUGUGGCAAUUGUGUGCUCAGAGCUAUGGGUUCCAUGCCCGAGGGGAGGAAAUGUGUGACUUGCAUUGGAUUCCCUAUAGAUGAGUGCAAGCGAGGGAGUUUGGGGAAAUGCUCUCGGAUGCUCAAGCGUUUGCUUAAUGAAUUGGAGGUUGGGCAGAUAAUGAAGGCUGAGAGGUUUUGUGAUGCGAAUCAGCUUCCACCUGAGUGUGUUUGUGUGAACGGCCAGCUACUUUCUUAUGAGGAAUUGGUUACGUUGCAGAACUGCGCAAACCCUCCAAAGAAGCUGAAGCCAGGAAACUAUUGGUAUGAUAGAGCGUCUGGUCUUUGGGGGAAGGAGGGACAGAAGCCUUCAAAAAUUAUAAGUCCGCAUCUGAAUGUUGGAGGCCCCAUCCAACCGGAUGCUAGCAAUGGAAACACUCAGGUUUUCAUCAAUGGUCGGGAAAUAACAAAAGUGGAGCUUCGGAUGUUGCAGUUGGCAGGUGUUCCGUGUGCUGGCAAUCCACAUUUUUGGGUCAAUGAGGAUGGUUCCUACCGAGAGGAGGGGCAGAGGAAUACAAGAGGUUAUAUAUGGGGAAAGGCUGGAACAAAGCUUGUGUGUGCUUUCUUGUCUCUGCCAGUUCCUUCUAAAUCUUCAAAUUCUUUGGGAGAGCAACCCUCCAGUCUGGCUAGCAGAACAAUUCCCGACUACCUUGAACAUGGCAUUGUUCAGAAGCUUCUCUUAGUUGGUUGCAGCGGAUCUGGAACGAGCACUAUUUUUAAGCAGGCCAAGAUUCUUUACAAAAGUGUCCCAUUCUCAGAAGAUGAACAUGAAAAUAUAAAGUUGACCAUUCAGAGCAAUGUUUAUGCAUACCUUGGCAUACUUCUUGAGGGACGUGAGCGUUAUGAAGAUGAAAUUUUGGGGAAUUUAAGAAAAAGGCAAUCAUCUGUACUUGAUACCGCAGGAACUAGUUCAAAACUUGAUGAUAAGACCGUAUAUUCCAUUGGCCCAAGAUUGAAAGCAUUCUCUGAUUGGUUACUGAAAACUAUGGUAUCAGGAAAACUUGAUGCUAUCUUUCCAGCUGCUACUCGUGAAUACGCACCAUUGAUUGAGGAAUUAUGGAAUGAUGCUGCCAUUAAGGCCACAUAUGAAAGAAGAAGUGAAUUAGAAAUGCUGCCUAGUGUUGCCAGUUAUUUCUUAGAGCGGGCUGUUAAAAUAUUAAGGACGGAUUAUGAACCCUCAGAUUUGGAUAUCCUAUAUGCCGAGGGAGUUACUUCAUCUAAUGGGGUGGCUUGUGUGGAGUUUUCAUUUCCGCAAUCAGCUUCUGAGGAAACCAUUGACACUACUGAUCGACAUGAUUUGGUUAGGUAUCAAUUAAUUAGAGUGCAUGCAAGGGGACUCGGGGAAAAUUGCAAGUGGCUAGAGAUGUUUGAGGAUGUUGAAAUGGUCAUCUUCUGUGUUUCCUUGAGUGACUAUGAUCAGUUUUCUGUCGAUGGCAAUGGUUGUCUCACUAACAAGAUGAUAUUGAGCAGGAAGUUUUUUGAAACCAUUGUCACUCAUCCAACCUUCGAGCAAAUGGACUUCUUGUUGAUAUUAAACAAAUUUGAUCUGUUUGAGGAGAAAAUUGAACAAGUUCCUUUGACCAAGUGUGAAUGGUUCUCUGAUUUCCAGCCAAUAAUCAGUCGCAAUCGUCCCAACAGCAAUAGCAACAGCAUUAAUAAUAAUCCCUCCCUUGGUCAGCUAGCUUCCCAUUACAUAGCGGUCAAGUUUAAAAGGCUUUAUUCAUCUCUGACAGGACGAAAACUAUUUGUGUCCCCAGUGAAGGGGUUGGAGCCUGGUAGUGUUGAUGCAGCACUUAAAUACGCCAAGGAAAUUUUGAAGUGGAACGAAGAGAGACCAAACUUUAGCUUGAGUGAGUACUCGAUGUAUAGCACCGAGGCGAGUUCAUUCUCUCAUUGAUUGCCAGUUCAGGCAAGAGUUCCAAGUCAAUACUUGUGUUGGGCUUGACAUCUUUUCUUGUACAUAUGCUAACUAGGAGUAAAAGGGAUUGUGCCCACUACUAGCUAUUCACUUGUAAGAUGCACUAGACACUAGACACAUUUAGGUUAAGGUUUCCAGCGAAUUAGAGUAUGCUGGUGAGUCAGUCAGCACAUACCACAGAGAUCAAGGUGUAAUGUUCAAAUUCAUUUUUUAUUUUUAAUAUGGUUUGUAUAUCAGUUUUUGUCGCUCCGUCAAGUUAUUGAGUUGCAAACUAUAUUCUGUGCUAGGAAAAAGGAAAUACAUGAUGCACCACGGCUCUAUAUCAUUCAAGCAUAAGAUAUUAACUUGGC